AUGCUGUUUUAUGAGCUGCUCCCACAAGGCCAGAUCGUCACCGGUUCUAUACACGCUUGUCAGCUCCAGAAGCUCGCAUUGGCCGUUCGCGAAAAACGGCCGAGACGAGCUUCGGUGCACCUCUUCCUCGAUAACGCUAGGCCCUAUGCACAGCUUUUCAUGGGAUACAGCUUCAGCUCCGCAGCUACAGCUAAGGAGACCCAUGAAAAACUGAAGGAGUUAGACUGA